AUGGUAGUGAUUAGCAAUGAUACAGGUUCUAUUGAUAUUCUUUUAGGUAGUUUUGAAGGUUUUGCAGAUCAAUACGGCUAUCGAACAGGCUCUAAUUCUCAGUGUGUAGUUGUUGGGAAUUUUGACAACGACGCUCAAUUAGAUUUUGUCGUUGUGAAUCGCGGAGCGUCGACUAUGAGUAUCUUUCGUGGAAACGCAGAAAGAAUUGAGAUUGUCAAGCGGUAUGCCAUUCACCAGAAUGCAGCUGAAGUUGCUCGUCAGUUCCAGGACCGUUACGAUCGAGCUCCUCCAGCUCGAAACAACAUCUUGAAUCUUGUACGGAAGUUUGACGAAACUGGAAGUGUCGAAGAUGAACCCAGAUCUGGUCGACCUAGAUCUGUUAGCACUGACGAAAACCGAGAACAUAUUCGUGUCGCAUUUGAAGAAAGUCCGGAAACGUCAACUAGAAGAGCGUCACUGGGGCUGAAUCUGUCUAGAACCAGUCUUCGUCGGAUGAUGAAGGAGCUGGGAUUGAAACCCUAUCGUCCUCAUCUACUACAUGACCUAAGCGAUGAUGAUCCUGAUCGACGUUGCGAAUUUGCCGAUAUUUUUCUGAACUUGGUUGCUGACGAUUCUUCGUUGUGCGACCGAAUUGUUUGGGCCGAUGAGGCUACUUUCAAGUUGAAUGGACACGUCAAUCGACACAAUUGUGUUUACUAUGCUGUAGAAAAUCCUCAUAUCGUCAUUACGCAAGAUAUGAAUGCUCUGGGAGUUACUGUAUGA